AUGGCAACAUUGUUCUUCAUCUUCAUCCUUGUGACCAUCUCCCUUGCAUUGCUCAUUAAUCAAAGAGAAACAAGAAGAAGACUACCACCAAGCCCUCCAAGAAUCCCAGUACUUGGCAACCUAUUAUGGAUCACAAAGCCCUUCGCCCAACUUGAACCCACUAUUCACCAUCUACGUGCAAAGUAUGGCCCUAUCUUCACCCUCUAUGUUGGUUCUCGUCCGGUCAUCUUCAUCAUUGACGGCAAACAAGUCCACCAAUCACUCAUCGAGAAUGGUGAGGUCUUCGCCGACAGGCCACGGCCAUUGUCCAGCAGUGAUCUCAACACCAACCUUCGAUCCAUAAACAACACGCCCUAUGGCUCACUGUGGCGUCUUCUCCGCCGUAGUCUCGUCUCAGACGUAAUCCAGCCAUGCAAAGCCGCCAACUCAAGCACUCACGUCCAACGCAUGGCCCUUGAUAUACUCAUCAAUGGUCUCAAGAACGAGGCCAAGGCCAAUGGUGGUGUAGUCAUCCCUGUUAACAUCAUCGAACACUGUGUUUCCUUCUUGAUGACCGGUUUGUGCUUUGGAGUGACUCUUGAGGAGAAGGUGGUGGACCAUAUCAAGAACUUGCAAAAGGAGCUGUUUUCUCUAGUGGAUAAACAUUUUGCUCUGAAUCUCUUGCCCAAAAUGGCACUGCUGUUGUUCUGGAGAAGGCUGGGGAGGUUGAAACAGCUCCUGCGAGCUCAGGAGGAGCUUCUUAUUCCCAUAAUCAGAGCACGUAAACAAAGAGAUCAUAAUAGUCACGUUAUCUCGUACGUGGACUCCCUUUUGGAACUCAGAGUUCCAAAUGGAGUUGGGGGUACGAGAGAGCUAAGUGAGGAGGAUAUUGUGAGCUUUUGCUCCGAAUUCCUGGAUGCCAGCAUCUGGUCCAUCUCAUCUGCCUUGGAAUGGAUAUUGGCUAGCCUUGUCAAACAUCAAGACAUACAAGAGAAGCUAAAGAAAGAGAUCAGAGGAGUGGUGGGAGAUGAGAAAAGACAAGUGGAUGUGGAUGAGCUACAAAGGAUGCCAUACUUGAAGGCGGUGAUCUUUGAAGGUUUGCGGCGUCACCCGCCGGCUCAUUUCGUGAUCCCUCACAGAGUGAAAAAGGAUGUGCUCAUGGACCAGCACUUGAUACCCAAGGACACGGUGGUGAACUUUGUGGUGACGAGCAUUGGGCUAGAUGAGAGAGUAUGGGAAGAGCCAUUGGAGUUUAGGCCAGAGAGGUUCAUGGCCGGAGGGGAAGGAGAAGGCGUAGACGUGCAGUGUGGGAAGAGUGAGAUCAAGAUGAUGCCAUUUGGCGCUGGAAGGAGGAUGUGCCCCGGCUCGGACCUGGCCAUGCUUCAGAUUCAAUACUUGGUUGCUAACUUGAUCAAUGUGAUGGAGUUGAAGCAAGUGGAAGGGAUGGAGGUGGAUCUCUCUGAGGAGGCUGAGAUCUUGAUCCCCAUGAAAUACCCAUUCCAUGCAAGAAUAAAAGUUACUUUAUGA